UCAGCAAAAAUUAUUCCUAUUGUGUACUCACCUGCUUCCUGCCUUACGUCGAUCUUUGUUACAAAGUCAUGUGGAGCUGGACUGUGAUUCCCAGGACUUUCCACUUUCACAUACAGGUUGGUAAAAAUUAAGGGGACUUUUCACCAAAAACUUCAAUCUAAUGUACCCUUCGUCCAUGCGCUACAGACUCUUCAGCAUGAAGAUUGUUAGACUAAUUGGCUUGAUGCUUCUUGCCAGCGCAUGGUCAUCAUUUCCCGAUUUGGAACAAAAAAAAGUUUGCCAGCUAUUUUCCUACCUAGCUCUGAGUCUGGUCGAUCGAACACAAUUCAACAGGUCACCUUAGGUAUCUUUGAAAAUGUUUAGCAAAAUUAAAAGGCAGUAUCUUUAGCACAACCGAAACUACGAACCUUAGAAACAAACGAUGUCCAGUUGAGAAAAACUCAGCCAAUAUGAACACUCACUCACACACACUCACUCAAAUAUUCAUUGCCCGAUUCGCACACUCAAUUAGGCGGUUUGAAUGUCAGUGAGGUACCACAAAUGGUAUUGAUAACCUUCGAUGACGCUAUCAGCAUAUUAAAUAUCGAUUUUUACGAGGAGCUUUUCAACAACCAGUCGCGCUUCAAUCCUAAUGGUUGCUUGUUACGCGGCACUUUCUAUGUCUCGCACGAGUGGACCAAUUAUGGUAUGGUGCAGGAUCUCUAUGCGGAUGGACAUGAGAUGGCUUCGCAUUCAGUCUCGUAAGUUGGGCGUUGUAGAGCUUUUUAUUGAAGCUUUGCGCGCGCUUUAUGUGUGGAUUUCGUGUGUUGUACCGAGAAAAAUUUGCGGAGGUUAUAUUGUAUACUUAAGUAUUUACAUACCUACGCGUAUGUACAUAUGUAUAUGUGCAUGUAUGCGUUCAUAUGUGGCCCAGCAUGUGGUGACCUUCAUUCCUGUUAAAUUUUUUUUUCUUAUAAUAAAUUCGCUUCCCCCAAACGUCAAGCUGAUAUUCAUCACUUUUUUUAAUAAAUAUUCUUGGUUGAAAUGUUUCAUUUCUACGCUAUCAUUUUCCGCCGCGAAUUUUAACGCAUAUUUUUUCUAAAAUUUUUUUUUUAGUUUUAAUUUUCUAUGGCGUUUACUCGCGAUCCAUAUGUUCAUGUUUAUUUGUUGUUAUUUUUAAUUUUUUUGUUUACUUAUUUUCCAUUUUGAUUUUAUUUAUUUACAUGCCCAUAAUUUGUAUUUUUAUUUUACAAAUCAUGCAUCUCUUAUGGUGUCAUACAUACUACUAUAAACCACAUCUGUAUGCAUAUAAAUGUGUUAUGGACCCCCUGUCCCCGCUGUCAAAUACCAUCCAAUCAUCAUCUCAUAAAUCCCUCCUAUCGAAAACUUGAUGCGCGUGCGCUCCUACAGGCGAUUUACCAGUUGAGACUGUACCUCAAAUUGUGCUAAUCACAUUCGACGACUCUGUCAAUGAUCUGA